AGUACUCGGGAGUGGAGUACGUGCGGAAUGCAAGAAUGAUGUUUGCGCGUUCACGAUGGCUCUGACGGACACCCUCGUAUGACGUAGCAUUCGUUCGUGGCACAAUACAAAAUGAAAGGAAACGACUAAAUUUUUAAGCUCUCUUUUGUUUGAGACAAGGGAGCAACAUCAGACGAUUUAAACGGACAUGUAUCAUUGGGCAUACAGCAACAUGAGAAUGUCUGCUGCAGAGGAGCAAGAGAAGGGAGCCCUUGGGCAGUGUGUGCGGGCUCGCUCUCAGCUGGAGGAGGCCAUAAGUGAAGUGACGAGGGCUGAGGCCCAGCUCAAAGACAACUCCCGGGAGGUGAAGUCCCAGCUUCACAGCUGUAUCAGCAGACACCUGGAGUUCAUGCGUUCUCGCGAGGUGUGGCUACUGGAGCAGAUUGAUCUGGUGGAGCAGCUGAAGGGAGAAGCUCUGCAGACACAGCUACAGCAGCUUCACUGGCUUCGAGGACAGUUUGACAUCCUCAUCCAUCAGCUGGAGAACUCCGAUAACCACCAUCUGGCCAACCAGCUCACCAGCUGCAUGGAGAAGUUAUCUUCUCUGAACCUGACUCCUGAGGAAACUCCUGAGAUGAGCUUCCAGGCGGACACUCGCUCCCUGCGUCAGGCCAUCACCUCCUUUGGCUCCAUUGACACCCAGCAUAUAGAAAGAGGCCCCAAGCUGAUCACGGCGCCUCAAAGCUCCAAUACUACUGAGCGACCUUUGCUUCAACAGGGCUGUCCAGUCGCAGCUAAGAAACAGCGGUUGGAGUCUACACCACUUUCAGAGUGGCUCCUUGGAAAUUGUCCGGUUACUAGCACGAAAUUUGGAUACCAGUCAAGCAAGAACCCACAGGAUUGGUUGAUCACCCGCAAGGAUGUUCAGUCAUUCUGCCCCAUGGCCACUUUUGACUUCCACAAGGCCUGGGGCCAGCUGAAGGACCUGGAGGCGUGGCUACUGAAAGAGAAGACCCCUGGCAGAGAGAGAACCGACAGCAGCUGCAGCACCAACACCAGCUCCACUUUCUCCAUUGAGAAGAUCGACGAGUCCGAGUUAGACAUGGCUCUGGACGAGGAAGAAGAGGGCCUCAAGGAGAAGGAAGAUAUGGCUGAACUGGAGGAGCUGAGUGACUGGCUCAUAACCCCUAAUAUUGUUGCCAAGGGGACCCCCGGCAACAGCUGCCAGACUUCGGAUGCCGACCAGUGGAAGCUGGUCUUCAAGCCUUUCCAGGAGUCCUUUUCGUCCAGCGACUGGCUGCCCAAAUCUGACUGUGGCUCGUGCUGUUCCACCCGCACCAAAUCAGUGGAGAUCGAGAACCUUGGCAACCUUUUGUGUUUGAAGAACCCCCCAGCCUCCGUAGCCAUUAAUCCUGCCAGCGCCGUGCCCCAGACCCUCACCCCCAGCGCCGUGCCCCAGACCCUCACCCCCAGCGCCGUGCCCCAGACCCUCACCCCCAGCGCCGUGCCCCAGACCCUCACCCCCAGCGCCGUGGAGAUCUGGCUGCAGCAGACCAUUCCUGUCCAGCAGUCGUGCAGAGCCAACGAGUGCUGCUCCAGCUACUCCCAAUGUGUGUGUGAUGAGAACUGCGGCAAAGAGGCCCUCUCCGCCUGGCUCCUGAAAAAGGAGGGCCGGGACAAGAAUGGGGUUUCCGUGGACAAGAACAACCCCAGCAAGCAAUCUGUCUCCUACCACCAAGAGCAAGAACAGAAGGUCCAGGCCAUCCUGGAGGCCUGGCUCCACCCUGGCAAGACCAGCCAGACCCUGGGCUCUGCAUCCCCAGCCCCUACUUCUCUCUCAGCCUGGGUGUCCUCACCAGCGCCCCAGGAGGAGAAGGCCAGCAGGGAGGAAAACAGUUCCCCGUCCAACGGCCCCAAGACGGAGUGCCCCUUCAGCCGUCCACUGCAGCCAGAGUUCUGGGUCUUACCUGGGAAGACACAAAGCAGCGUGGCUGCCACGCCAAGGCAGGAAGGCAAGAAGGAGCUCCCCGUCACAGACCUGGAGGACAAGUGGCUUCUCCGUAAGAGGGCCAAUGCUCAGGAGAGGCUUGUCCUUCCCACUGUUUGUGAUCUGUUCUCAUGUAUGAAGAUCGGCGGAGAACGAGAGAAGUGGCUACACAGUUCACCUAUACAGAUGUGAACAAUCUUACAUUUUUCCUUUUUGAGGAUAAAGGAUUUUAUUGUGAAGCCAGUUAAAUGCUGAUUGUCGCACACAAUUUUUUUUUGAUUUGCCUUUUCCUCUAAUGCUUUCUGGAACUGGGCUUCUCUUACUUUAUUUUUCUUCUAUUUUGAUUGUUUUGAAGACUCAUUGAAAUGUGCUUCCCGGCCCCAGUCUGACGUAGGGACUUGGGUUUGUGGAGAUACUGCCAAUUAUUUCACCAUUAUCUGAUUGAUCCAAGCCAUUAGUUGUGAUGAAAUUCUAUGAAUUUACCUUGUGUAAUCAGAGUUCUCAAUGUCAUGUUAAGCUGGUAGAAUGAGCCACGGAUCUAAAGCUAAUCCCAUUUCUACUGUUAUUUUCAGUUUGUGAUGAAGUGGGUGGUUUGGGGGGACAGAACAUUUUUUCUUCACAGAACAGUCAGUCUAGGACUAUGUCAGAUGCCAAGUCUCCUCCAUACUCAAAAAAACAAUCAAGAUAUGUAACCUACUAAUUUUAUUGUUCCAUUUCCUACCAUAUAUAUUUUCUUCAGAUCUGGUGACAUUUUUUUUGGGCUUUAACACCAGCAUCUAGCUAUCUCUGAAAUGGCUUCAAAACAUUUUAUGCUAAUUACAAAUUAAAUCAAUAGGCAUUUUCAUUUACUGAUUCCAUCUAACCUCAGAACGACCAUGACUCCAGUAGUCUGGUUCAUGUGCCUCAAGUUUGCUUUGUCGUAUUUAGCGUGUACAUUGAAUAACAGGGUUGACUUGCCUCCUAUAUAUUACCUGUGUGGAUUGCCACCCAAGAGUUCAUUGUUCUAAUGUUAGAAAAUCUGCAAGUGGGAAACAAAGUCCAACAGUCAUUCCGUGGAUACACAGGCGCAAAGUAGAUUGGCUACUCUUGGCUGAAUCCAAUGAAGCAAACAUCUAAACUGCUGCAUACUAAUCAAAAAACUAAUUGUACUGAUGAUAACCACUAAGUAUGUGUCUGAAUAAUACCUCACGGUGGUUGUCUCUUCGUAGUGUGUAGCCCAAAAUGCUUCAGUAUCUGCACAUGGCUCUUGGUGUGCCAAGGGGAGUUUGAUAGGAGAUAAAUACAAUGGUGCUUGAUGAAUGGUCCUAGUACUGUGAUACUAGGAGUGUUUCUUUUCAGUUAAUUGGGAGGAGGAGGCCUGUGCAAAUGCUUUUUCCUUAUUAUAAGGUAGAACUACCCCUACAUCUCACACACUCUGCUGUGGUACCUAUAACAUAUUUAACUCUUAAUAAAAACAAGUAAACCUUGA